AUGGCCACACUGACAAUAGCUCCAAUAGCUCCUCCAGAGCCUUCUUCUGCAGAACGCUCGGUUCGUGAGGUGGCAUCGCGAUUGGGCAUUCCGAACGUCGAACAUGUGAUACAACUGAUGAAACAAGAAUACGUCGUGACCGACUGGCAAUUGUCCGCACUGGAUUCCUUUCAGUGGAAGUCCCUGGGUGCACCCAUUGGGCUGGCAGUUGCAGUCCAUCAAAUCAUUCAACAGGAGCAGCAACCGCAGUAUCAACAAAAACCCUAUGUCUUGCCUUCUGACAAGACGACAGAAUCGACGAAAGCAUCUAAGAUUUUCCAAGACUUGGAUCAACACAAUAUUAAUAUAGUUGAAUCAGCUAGUCACAGCUCGAUUGACGGAGAGGAAAAGGAAGAGGGUGUUGAUACUGAAGAGAAUAACUGCACAGUCGUGGAUGCAGCUACUAUUCAAGAAACAUCAAUGGACGACGAACCGGAACAAGACGAGAACUUGCAGAACUCGACUGACGGAGAAGAAAAGGAAGAGAGUGUUGAUACUGAAGAAAAUAACUGCACAGUCGUGGAUGCAGCUAUUAUUCAAGAAACAUCAAUGGACAAAGAACUAGAACAAGAGGAGAGCCGUCAGAGCUCGACUGACGGAGAAGAAAAGGAAGAGAGUGUUGAUACUGAAGAAAAUAACUACACAGUCGUGGAUGCAGCUACUAUUCAAGAAACAACAAUAGACAAAGAACCAGAACAAGACGAGAACUUUCAGAACUCCGAAUCGAUUUUGGCAGACGCGUUUGAGACUGAUGCCGCCUCGAAAGAAGAAGAAGAAGAAGAUGUGUUGGCAAAGGAGUCGUCACUCAAUCAUGGCACGGAUGAUAAGCAGUCGAGUUCCGAACAGGAUCCUGAUGAGGCUGAUGUCGCAGCCGCGACUAGUGAAGAAAAAAGUCCCAUUAAAGCAACUGUUUCCAUUGAUAGCCCUCCUCGUCCCCAGGAACCAGAAGUCUGUGAUGCUGACACCAAUUCCACCAACGCUGAUAUGAACAACGCAACUUCGAGUCUAGAGCAUGUAAGCGACAAAGUUGUUGAGAUGGAUAGCCCAGUCCCUUCUGAAGAACCAGAAGUCUGCGAGACCGACGCCCCCACAACUGACGCUGAUACGAAUACCCAAAGUCCGAGUCUGGAGAGUAUGAACGACAAAGCUAUUGCGCUAGCAGCUACCCUGGACCAUGCCCCGGGUGAGGACCAGACUCUUCCAAGUAACAAUCGUGCUGUGGAGGAACUGGUGGUGAAGGGGGAGUCCGGACCUGAUGCUGCCUCGAACGAUGAAAGUGUAGCACCGGAGUCCGUUGCAAAUGAUGAAAGUGUGGGUCCUCAGAAUCUGCCUGACGUGUACGACGACAACAAUAUUGAGCCAGCAGCAGCUGAACCAAACACCGCGGUGGAAGAAGAAUCCACGGACUUUAUUGUUAAAAGCCCUUCGGAAGACUCUUCCGAGGGUUUGGAUGCCGACGACGUUGACACUAUACCCACCACAUCGAUGAGCGAGGAGGAGAGUAUGCUUGAAUACAAAUCUAGUUCUGCAGUAUCAUCGCCUCCCACGACCCUUCUAUCGGCCCCUCUACCUCACGAUGAAUGCGACGAUUCCUUUCACGUGUCCGAUAGCAAAAGAGAGCUGUUAUUAUUGAAGCCAUCCUUUGAUUCCGAAGAUAUCAGUGAAGAUCUUCUUUCGUUUGCUGGCAAUGAGGACACGGGCGGUACAAAGGAGGACGACGAAGAAAAUAAAGACCAAUCGAAGCCUCGUUUGAUCCACGAAAGGAUUGAUUCCUUCGGUGGUGACAACAACGAUGAGGAUGACAUGGACAACACGAAGGAGGAGGACCACGAGAACAAAGAAGACUUGGCGCCACGUUCCAUCCAAGACGAGAAUAGUGUCGAUCCUGUUUCGUUUGCCGCUAGUCAGGAGGAAAUGGACCGCAACACAAAGGGGGUUGGGGAAGAAAACAACGAGCACGAAUUUGAGCCUGGUUUUAUUCAAGAGGAGAAUAGCGAAGACCUUGAUUCCUUUGACAACAACAGUGAGGAUGACACCGACGAAGGUGAAGAGUCACUAGACAACGAUGACGAAGAUGACAUUUUCAUUUCAGGACAGGAUCUUUUGGUUGACUUGAGCAGUGGAGAAACACAAGAAGACGAUAAUAGCACAAAACAACAGCGAUCUACUGCUGAAAAUCCCUUUGACAUGAUUUCCUUUGGUCAGUUCCGAACAUCACCACAGGUGGAUCCCAAUUCUGUGACCCUUGCGGAAUUCCGCACCACUGGUUCCUCCGAUUUGGAUGACGAAGACGGAUACGACGAUCCAGAAGGGAGAAAGACUGCUACUAUAGGGGAUCCAUCAUCGUUGUCGCAACCAUUUGUAAUGCACAAACGUACCGUCUCUUCUUUGGAAUCCUUGUACUAUGUUGACAACGAUGAAUGUACUGUAGUAGCAUCCAAUGUGAGUCCAGAACGAAGGAAUCGCCCCAAACGACGACGAAGCCUGGAAGAUAGCGCGGACCAUACGAUCCAAACCUUGAGCCAUGUCUCUUCAUUUGAUGUCGAGUGGGACGAAUUCUGCUUGGUGUUGCACAAAGUCCCUAGUAGUAAGACCCAGCGAACCAUCUUGAGUCAAUUGUUGAUCAUGACCAAUGGAAGGACCAAACCAGCACGUUACAAAAUGGCCAAGCAAGUCUCCCAAAUGAUUUUGAAAUCGCUGGGGCGUUCCGAGGAUGGCGAAGAAGAACGCAAGGUCCAAACCGCACAAUUACGAUCCAACUUGCAACUGUUUGCCAAGCUGCAUCGAGCAGAGCGAAAGGUGUUGGGAAAAAAGAUAUUUGAGCAAAUAUCCAAACUCUAUGCGGGUGGUGACGAUGACAACAAGAAGAGUGGCCAAAAUCUUUCCAGCAAUGUUGCUACUGUUGCAACAGAAGGAGAAGAAGUAGUACUAGACGACGAUGACGAACAAGCUGCCGAAAUGCAAAGCUAG